GUAUCGUGAGCGCUGGCCACGGCAGCAUGCGCGGGAAUUUGGUUUGCCGCUCGUUACUUGACUUUCCAUGCUGUGACAUCUCGCUUGUCACUUGACGACUGGUUCGACGACUAUUCAAACGACUUCCCUUUAUCUUAUCACGUGUGCGCAUAUAUUUGUAAUCGGAACAACGAGAUAUAGAAGAAUUAUUGCACUUGAUCCAUCCACGGAUUUAAGAGCAGCGGUCAUCGGAGUACGAUAGGAAUCAGGGAAACCGGAUUAUCGGAUUAAAAGGCGCGCUUUUAUUGGAAGAAUCCGUGAACCAAUAAUUUCACUUCCUGUCACGACGACUUCUAACAGCAUCGGGAUUCACCAGCAGGCAUGAUCGAAUGAUGGAGGUGAUUUCAACACGCCGAUACGAGGCUCGUCCACCGGCAGCGAGCCAUCCACCCAUUCUCAUCGACCCUGAGAAUUCUGUGGCUUUGGUCAAAGAAGAGGAAUGGGAGACUCGCAAGAAAAAGGAAAUAACCACCACCAGGCAGAUCGAGACAAGAGUGAAGCGACAGGUUGUACUCGAGGAUGGCGAGGUCGUGGUCGAUUCAGGGCCCUUGGUCACCACGAAUACUACCGAGGACGUCGAGCAACAGGAACAUACCACGCAAGAAAGACGGACAACCGGUGACCAACCGCAAGAAGUUGAAUGGCCAACAGGUGGAAGGAAUUCUGCUGAUGGCGGUAGCAUAGUUCAAAAAGAAUUAAACGAGACGGUGGUGAGAAGUCGCGAGGAGAUCGAGGAAACACUGGAGACAGAGGAUCGUCAACAGCUGGGAGAUAUCUCGGACGAGGCGUACCAGAAGGCGGUAAGAAGCAACAGGGGCGAUCUGAGAGUGGCCCUUGCCGAAUCUUGCAAGCAGUUGGCAUCCCAAACGGGUCCCAGGGUCGUCCAGCAUACGACCAAGUCGAACAAGGUGAUCGACACGGAGAAAACCUUGGAGAAGAAGGAGCUCAAACCCGAUGGAUUGAUCGUUACCGAGCGGAAACGAACAGUCGAGCACGAGGAGAUCAAGGACGACGAGGUCCCCGAUGACGGAAAUGCCGUGAAUGGUGACGACGCGUCGGAGAAGAAGAAGGAAAGCUCACAGAGGUUCGUUAAAAAGAGGGACGAGGACGUGGUCGAUUAUAUCUCAGGUGGCGAGAGGAUCGCCCGUGAAAUGCGCUACGUCGCAGAGACGACUGAAGGAGAACGAAUCGGAGAUUGGACACCGUCACCUACGGCCAUGCGAACCACCCGUUUCCAUAAAUAUUCUAGCUUUCCUGCGGAGAGCUUCCCGGCUAGAAAGGAUGUUUUAACGAAGAAACCGCUGGAUUUCGAAGAGGAAGAUGAAGCAAGGAAGUUCGAAACGUCCAAGUGGUUGGAGAGCCAUUUUGGUAGCGAGUCGCGUUCUUCUCAUGGAUCCAUCGAUGCUGAUGACUCUCCUCUUCCAACUAGCGCUAACACCAGCUAUAUUAACAUUACUAUGAAGUCUUGCGCGCCUAAAGAGCGGGAUUAUCAGAAUGUGAACUCGAAUCGUCAUCAACGACGUAGCACAGGUCGCGAUUCGACAUCGCCUUCGGGAUAUUUUCAUGGGAUAAGCGAAUGGUCCGAGAGAUAUCAGGGAAAAGAGAGGCAAAAUCAAGGAAGAACAAGUUCUCCGUUGCAAUACGUUGAAACAGUUCACACAAACGGACACGCUCAUGAUCACUCAAGGAACCAAGUCGAAUCAACGUACUCGAAGACUUAUGAAUCGGUUCUUCGUCGUGAACACCAAGAAUCGUUUGAUCGGCCACGUACACCAUCUCCACCUGUGCGACGAAGAUCGAAAGAACAGUGGGCAACCAGGUCUGAAGAGAAGACCAGUUUAAAUGAUUCAAUACCAGGUCGAACUUCCAGUCCAGUUCACGUGGUACAAAGAACCUGGGAAAAUCGUAAUCGAGACGUUCAAGAGCAAACGAUCGAACGAGACAAACGAAAGAAAUCUACUUCGAGAUCUCGAUCGACGUCACCCAUGCCGGAGUCGAGCAUUCGCAACAGUAAAAAAUCGAACGAAGUUUCGACAUCGACUCCUGUCCGUCCGGCAAAAAGUUCCGGACAUUCGAAAUAUAAAAUCGGGGAGUCCUUCAGGAAACUAGUAGGAAAAUUACGUUCUGCCAGUAGUGAAAGGAAAAACAAACGUGCUCACAGUAGCUCCGUUUCUCAACUAACCCAGACUGACGACAGUGGACCAACAUAUAUGCAAUACAACGUGAUCGACAAGAAUAUUCCUCUGGUAAACGAGAGGGAUGUCGAGGAAAAGCCUCCCGAGAGGCCGCCACGGUCACCUAGGAAUGCUACUAUGAACAAUAGUUUGAAUAGGGUUACAAAAGCAGUCAGGACAAGCGACCACGUGGCGCAAGAGCAAUGGCAACGCAGUGAGUCGACACCACCAUUGCACAGGUAUUACCUUGGCGAGGAUCCCUUUGGAGGAAGCAUCUACGGCCGCGAAAAGGGGUAUCGAGAUGCGAGAAGAUCUGGGAAACCACGUGGUAGAACUGUCGCUGAGACAGAGUACAGCGUCGCGUCCAGUUCACUUGGCAGGUUUAGCAAGUCCACCAGUCGGCUAGCCAACGAUCACGAGAGAGAGGAACACUUUAGGAGCACGCAAACCUUGCCGAGGAACCUACACGCUGGAGGACAAUACGCUCGAUCGCAGGUCCAUUCGAGACGUCAGCAGCCGGUUUGCGGUGCGAUCAAGUUGGGAACGUCGCACGCCACCGUUCCAUCUUCGGCGAACCACUCGCGUCAGUAUGGAAGCAUGAUCAAUAUUUCCAUCAAGAACACGGUCACCUCACCGAAGAUGGCAGUGCAGAGUAACAUCCAACCGCCGGCCAAGCCGGAACGAACUUACAAGGCCUCGUUGUCGCGUAGCAAGAGCUUCAACAUCGAAGCUGAUAGAAAUGGUGUCGACGUACCACCCCCUAGAAUACCGUACACGUCUAAUUUGCAAUUGAAUCGAUUAGACGAGACGCCUCCCUUGAAGAGUCCAGGCAUUUUGGCCAGUAUCAACCGUAGCAACAAAGAUUUGUUGAAGGACAGCAGACACGAGUAUUAGAUAUCCUUCACUAAGUUGUUCAAUUAGGAACUUUUUAAUAAUUUCAUAAUGAACUGCUUUUUGAAAUACGAU